UCGUUAAACCGAACUAUAUAUAAAAAGAAACGUUUUGAGCGAAUAUCUUCAUUUAUCGUACGGACGUAGUUUAUAUAUACAUUUAAAGUAAAACGUAAUUUAAAUAACUUACUUCACCUCAUAGUUCUAAUUAUAUUUGUAUACACAUACUUAAAACGGAUUUAAAACAGCUUAGCAUUAUUGGUGGUAAAAAAAGCACGUAAUGAUGAUGAUCCAUUUGAUUUAUUUCCUGGUGUGCGUGUUCUCCGCAUCCGGACUUUUCUGUGAUAAGCCAUGUGACGUAUGUCCGGAAUAUACUGAAUAUACUAACGAGCUUCCCAAAUCAGACAAUGUCAUAACAACUGUUAAUGUUCCAGCAGAAUGCACCAAUGGAAUUUUCAACUGGCAUUAUCCCAAAGGACACACCAUGCUACAUUUUCAAAAUGUGAAAGAGCUGAGAAGAACUAUCUGUAUAAGAGACAGUCUAGGUGGCGAUUUCUUCAAUAUAACGGAAAAGGCUACGAAUGAACGCCUGGGGCCAUUUGAUGAUAAAAUAUCAGCCUGUUUUAACGCAACAUUCGCACGAGACAUUGUUCUUCAAGUGACCGCACAUCCAGAUCAUGUUUACUUUGGAGGGUUUGAAUACAGAAUAUACAGAUAAAAUGUGUAGAAUUUCGAAAUAAAAUUUGAAAAUAA